AUGAAAAUUGAUUCAUCAUCAGACGCAGCAGCAGCCCAACGCUUCCGCAUCGGGUACGCCUUUGCACCCAAGAAGGAGCAGAGCUUCAUCCAGCCCUCUCUCCUGGACCAUGCCUCCCAAAACGGCAUUGAUUUCGUCCCAAUUUCAAUAACCGACUCCUCGUCGGAGGAGGAGGCGGCCGAGGCCUUGAUCCAACAAGGCCCAUUCCACUGCAUCAUCCACAAGCUCUAUGGCCACCGCUGGAACCACCAGUUGAAGCAAUACUCCUCCAAGUAUCCACAAACUCUCAUACUUGACCCGCCCGACUCCAUUGAGCGCCUCCACAACAGGGUCUCCAUGCUCCAAGUCGUCAGCGCCCUCAAAUUGAAUUCCCAAUUUAACAUCUCUGUCUCUGUGCCUAAACAGGUGUUGCUUCAAAACCCCCAGUCGCCUGAUUCUAUUCAUCAUAAUACUAAUGAUGGUGCGGUGGAGUUUCCGGUGAUUGCCAAGCCCUUGCUGGCCAAUGGCAGCGCCAAGUCGCAUGAGAUGUAUUUGGUUUUUGACCCCAAGGGCUUGCAGACUCUUCUUCUCACUAAUACCACUACUAGUGCUAGUACCCAACCCAUUUUGCUUCAACAGUUUGUGAACCACGGCGAGGUCGUCUUCAAGGUUUACGUCAUUGGCGAAUACGUCCAGUGCGUCAAGCGGAGCUCCUUGCCCGAUAUUUCGGAGCGGCAGCUGACCGCAUCGGAAGGGCAAGUGUUGCCGUUUUCGCAGAUAUCGAAUUCUCCUCAGCCUCAGGAGGAGGAUGAACAUGGUCUGGGUCUGGCUCAUGAUCCUCAUGAAAUGCCUCCUUCUGACUUCGUGGAGGAGCUGGCCAGGGGGAUACGCCUCGGCCUCAAACUCAACUUCUUUAACUUUGAUGUGAUUCGGGAUUCUGGGAACCCUCACUCCUAUUUUGUCAUUGACAUCAAUUACUUUCCUGGCUAUGCCAAGUUGCCCUCCUAUGAGCAGGUCUUGACCAAGUUUCUGUUGGCUCUUCUUACCACUCCAACCCAAAAGGACCACCAGCUGGAACCAGCUACCACUGAGGAGGAGGAGGAGUCUGAUCAUGACCUCUUAGGAGACGGAGAAGGGGGAGGAGAUGCUUCCCUCCGGCUCCUACCCUAA